GAACAGUGAUUUUUUGGUUCUGAUUGAGCCUGUCCUUGAGGCCAGACUGAUAGAGACUUCCAAGAAAAGAAAAAUGGCAUGUAUAAGGGGAAUGCGAUGAAAAGCCUGCUGGAGUCUGCAAUGGAAGAUAAGCUGCCCGAAUUCUUUGGGGGAGGGGGCAUGUGUGAAGAGGCUGAGCCCAUUGCUGUAGGACUUGGCUCAGAGUGGUUGCAACAAGGGAAGAGGGCUGUUCAUUAUGCAGAGCUUACGCAGGUCUAUGAUAUGGGUUAUCCUCGCAAUGCAACAUGUCUACAGUGCUCCUUUGGAUGAACAGAAAAUAUAUUUCCCAGGCGAGCAUCCUGAUGGGGGAGUGGAGUCUAGAAGGAGUGGAAUGCAAAUGCAAUCACAUUUUGUACCGAUACAACCAUAUCAAACAGUAGGUGGAGGACCAGGAAGAAAUGUUGAGUGGUCUGAGGACAACACACACAAUGGAGAGGUCUCCCGACAAUACCACCUCCAGCAUCCUCAGUUGCCACUUUAUGGCGGAUAUGGUAAUGGACUGCGAGGAGAGUACCAGGCAGGUGAGUGGGGACCAGAGAACUUGAAUGCAGCUGUCCCUGCCAAAUCGACAUCUUAUGGCAUUUCAAGAGGAAGCACUUAUCAGCACUUGUCAGGAGCUCAUGAAACGGCAAAUUAUCACCAAGGAUUCCCACACAUGCCAGGGGACCUGCACUCCUUGAGUAAUGAUGCUCUUAAUGGAGAAGAGGAGGUCAGAAAACAGAUAUGGUCAUCCCAACACUCAGGUGAAACUGAAAGACAUCAGCAUGAACCACAUCAGGUAGUUCAAACAUUUGAGAGUGGAAGUAACGGCCUAAACUCGUUGCAUGGGCAAACUAUCAGUUCAAGUAAGUACCAGACUAGCCCUGAUGACUUGACCUCUAUAUUAGAUGGACAAUCUAGCCACAAAUUGCAUCCCAACAUCAAAGAAGCUCUGGAUCAUGUGAUCAAGGAUUUUGGAGAAGCUUCUGGGAAUACAUUAAAACAACCACAACGUCACAUGGUGCACAAAAUUUCACACAUUAAAAAGACAACAGUUCAGAAUGUGGGAAGAGAACCCACUCAAAUUCAUUCCACAUCUUCUAAUGACGAUAUUAAUCUAUCACAGUUGAUAGAGCAGCUUCAGAUGCUGGAGCAGUCCCCUCAGCACAUAAACAUAACUUGGUGUGAAGAGAAGAUAAAGGAGUUCUUACGAGAAUUGAGACGUAAGCAAGCAAGUGGGGUUUACAUCAAUCAACAAGUGCAAGAGCAAACACUGCAUCAAGUUCUAACACAUGAAACGUCUGUUGAAAAUACUGACACAAAAGAAGGUGUUUAUGAGCCCCCAAUGACAAGAGUGACAGUAAAACCACUUGGUGGAGAAGAAUCAACAGGCUUCAUAGCAAAUGAGCAGAGCCAUAUAAACGAGGUGUCUGUUGAUCAGGCACAGGAAGGAUCAUCAAACCAUGAAGUGCAAAUGCAUGAAUCAUUUGUUCCAGAGGUACUGACUGUAAUUCCACCUGCUUUUCCACAUCAACCAGAAAUUAUGUCUCAUCAAUAUGAGCAGCCAAAAGAGGUACCACCUUUCAUAUCUGACAACAGCAGUGACUUAAAAGAAUUAGAGUUAGAACUGCCAGAGUAUGUGCCAUUCAAGCAUUCUCAAUCUGGGGGCAUUGACGCUUUCGAGGGUAUUACUCAUAAGGAAACUAGACCACUGUCACAUUCUUCAUCACAAAUGCAGGCCCAAAGUGAAAUUUCUCCUGCACAUGAAAGUAAUGAAAAUCUUCCCCAGACAACUUUAGAGGAAGAACAAAGUCAUGCUGCACACCAAGAGGUAUUGAUGGAGCAACAAAAGAGCAAGGGUCAGCAUACAUCUAUCCAUUCAUCACCCAAUGAAUUCAACAAUCCAGUAAAUUUUCAAACAAGUCGUCAGGAAAGUGGCAAAGAUCAGCACCAAUCUGAAACUAGUGUAACUGGUGAAAGCAAUACAGAAAUAGAAAGUACUUUGACUCAGCAGCAUAGUAAAGAGGAAAAUCAUGAGUAUGGUGAGAGUGGUGAUGUAGGUAAUCAUAUGGUACACGGGCGUCCUCAAGCUCCUCAGGAGGAACUCAUUGCCAGUGUAGAAUCUAGCCAUGAACAGUCAGAGCACAUCAAAGAACCUGAGCAAGUAAUGAAUCACCCUACGGAGGAGCUCGCCAAUGGAUCAUUGAUACAAGUAUCUGAACAGGAACACCAUAUUAACUCGCAUGAAUCUACCUCAACGCAUACUGAGAACCUUCAUCAUCAGCAAGUUAACUACGAUAACUUGAUAGAGGAACUUAUACAGCUAGAGAGCAUUCCUGGACACCAAGCUAUUGACAAGUGUGAAGAAAAAAUACAAGAAUUUUUAGAGAUACUCAAAUAUCAACAAGAGCAAGGUUUUGGAAGAAAUCAACAGGAGCUAGAGAGACUUCAUCAAACACUCAUUGAACAAGCACAAGAGAGAAGCAAACAGCUAUUGAAUGUAGAGGAAACAUCAGCAUCUCCAACAUCCUUUUGGAGAAAGGUGCAGAAAAAAAUUAAAAAGACCUAUCAGAGUGCCAAAGAUAGAGCUAAAGAGGCUAUGGGUUGAAAAGGAUCAUCACGCUUAAUUGCACAGAUACAUGAAAACCAACAGAACUAUAGUCUGUAGGAUGUAGGACAUAUUAAGAUGAAAAUAUACCAAAUAUACUGAGUAAACAAAUAA